UGGAGAUACAUAAACAGGAAAAUAUUGCACAUAUCUACUUGGGAACUAAAAAACGUUUUGAAAAAAAAACAAGAUUUGUUUUUAGUUUUAAGAGAUCUAAGACAAGUUCAUACACAUCCUUGGUUUUUAUGCUUACCCAUAGGACGAACAAGUGCGAAACGUAUAUCGUCAGCAUUACCAAAAGCUAAUAAAAGUGCGUAACUACGGUGAGAGCAUCUUAAGUAGAUACAAUUGAGAAACAAUAUCCUUCUGUAACAGACGCACGUAUAAGCCAUGACAAGGGAAAUACUUCUACUCUAUGUGCUGUUUUUGGUCGAAUUCGCCGAGGCAUCAAAUGCAGUUAAUAUGGCGGGUGUUCCAGAAUUGGAUCACCAAAACGUUAUAGAAAAUAGCUCUUUACCUGAAUGCAAGUUCAAUGUAACCCACUCGAGUAUGCGGGUCUUCAGGUCAAGAUUAGAAGUAUAUGAUGUAGUUUUCAUAAGAUUUCGGAUCCGCUUCCUAAAUUCAACCGUCAAGAACAGUACUUUACCUGGCGUUUUUAAGCCUGACCUAUGGGUGUGGACCUAUCGCCCUCCGCGAGGAAAUUAUUCCUACCUCAGCUGGAACUUGGAGUUUGGAUUUCUGAGCUUUUCCAUUCUUGAUACUAAAACGGCCGCAUUACAUGACAUUGGCUUUACGACGAAACAAAGCAAAUGCUCGGUCACGUUUGGGAGUAAUGCAACAACAAAAAGUAUAACAGAUUCACUAAUGGAGAUUCUUCAUGUUUUUGAACAUGGUCUUCCAAAGUAUCAGACCAACUACAUAUGCUACCUAUCAGAAGUUCCUGGUAUCAGAAGUUCCUUCGCUUACAAAGCCGGGCUCUACUUAAGUUUUCCUGUCACAUUCAUCAACUACAAAUGUUGCACAUAUGCGUUCUCAUUUUAUGAAAUGCAGUUUCGUAGGUUCUUGUGCAACACAUUCGUUGAUAAAUGGCAACUGUUGACACAUGGUCCAUAUUUCAUUGGAAUAAUUCUUCUGUUGUUUGCUCCUAUAUUUCUGUUUGCGGUUUGUGCGUGCAUUUCUAAAGACAGUCAGAUAAUCCCGAAGCAUGUCGAAAUGGAACCGCUUCUAUCAACAGAAACACCCGAGCAAGAUAAUUGGAUUUACCUUGAUGGAGACUCCCCUGUAACAGUCUUAGACGUAUUGUCACAGCCCCUCAAUUACUUAAGACGGAAACAUCCAAUCUUAGAUUCACGUCUCCGACGUUUGAUUUGCGUAUGUUGUGCACCUAUGCUUAUCUAUUUAAAACUAUAUAUGUUUAAAGAUGGAUAUGUUUUUUCAUAUCAUAAAACCCUCACGAGAAUUUCCGUCAGAGAGCUGGUCAAAUUUGGUCAACCAAUAGGGCUUCUUGCUCUAUAUGGCGAUACGUCAGACAUGAGUAAAACAUUUGUCCCUAUUUUAGGUGGUCCAAUUGGUGUCAUAGCAAUUUACUUUUCACUAGCCCUCAUUUUGAUAGUUUGUCCUAAAAGUUUAAAGCAAAUCGUACAAAAUGGCCUACCGCGACAAAGCGAUGUUUCACCCUUGUUUUACGGCCUAGAGGAGAUAUCUAGGUCAGAUGUGUGUUAUCGUACCCCGUACGAAGGGUUUAAAAGAGCAUCAGAAAUUUGCAAGCAAAAGGUUUACUUACUUAUUACAACUGAUCAAUGGAAAAAGGUAUUCAGCAUUCAAAGAAGGAGAUUUAAAAGUGGCCCCUGUCACCCGAGUUUGAUAAAAACAAUAACGAAACCACUGACGUUUUCAUUUAAAGUAAUUGUAUGUGUGUUUGAGUUAUUUAUUUACAUUCUAUAUUUUCUAUUCCCGUUAUUUACUUGUGGCGUAAUUAUGAUCAAAGGUACAGUUGUUACAUUAAUGGAAACUCGAAAUUCAUUUAAAAGACAUGGCAAUUCCGUCAGCAGCUCUGUAGUCUGUUUUUUUAUUACCGUCUUAGUUUUAGGGUCAGUCGUUGUUUUUGGUUAUUGCGUCUGUCUAGUGUUUCUUGAGAGUUUCAUCUACCUGACCCAAAUGGUUUUGUACUGUUUUGUAGCACUUGUUAUUUUACCGACCAUAGCAUUUGGCUAUCUUUUUUUCUUUGUGUCCCUCGUAUACUACUUCGCACAUUUAAUGAGAAACUUUGGAGACGGAUAUUCGCGACUUUUAGAGAUUGCUGUGAAGAAAUGUACUGAUCUAGAGAGAAUGAAAACUGUCCUAGAACUUAAAGAUGAAACAAUUGUCAUUAAGAAUGUUGAUUUUCACUUCAGAACUGUAAACGUAAAUGGAGAGGAAAUAGUUGUUCCAACAGAAACCCUAAUUAAAAUCCAAUCUCGAGUUAAUAAUGUACAAAUGGUGAAGCACAAAGAUCUCGCCCCUGGAAUUCCACGGGAAUUGUUCCAUAAAAUUGUUAAGGAAAUACGACCUGUAAAUGCGCAGAUGAUGAACUUCAUUGUCCACCUUACUAUUAUAAUUACUCUUAUAACAGUAACAUUGACUUUAGUAUCUAAGUUCAACUCGGGGUUUAAUACAGAUGAAUCGGAGGUGCUACACAUUGUUUUCACUGUGAUUGUUGGAUUCAUACCAAAACUGAUGGAAAUGUUUCUAAAAGGCGGAAGUGACGCAGGAAGGAGAGAGAUCGAGAUAAAACAGAUCGGCAAAAUCGUUGAGAAGUUCUGGGAAAUUAGUGCUUGUACUUAAGAAUAACCUGAUUCCUGAGGAUUUAUAUCCAGACUAUUUAACACUUACUUACCGCUGAAAUGGUAAUGAAUAAAGAUGCACUAUUACUCCCAAAUAAUAUUUAACACAGUAAAUACAAUUGUUUUGAUAUACCCAAAAGGAUGAAGAAAUGUCGAAAACAUUGGUUCUUAUGAAGGCAACCGUGUUUAAUUGAGAAGAAAUGUGCAGAAAAUAAGGUAUUUCUACCUUAUGAGACCAUAGUAAAUGGCAAUAAAUCUUUUAGCAUUCACCAAUCAUUUAAUAUUUUAGCGUUUUCAGCUAUUGAAUAGACAGUUUAAAUAUUUGUUAUUAAUAUUUUCUAUUAAUGCAUAAUUUAGUAAGUAGUUGUGGGUGUAUCACUCAAAAUUUAUGUAUGUUUACCUGUGUAUGUAUUUAUUGUGAAUAAGAGUGCCACUUUAAUUGAUUCGAUGUUGAUGAAGGUAUGCUAAAUUGUGCUUUGUCGUACUUGAAUCUUAGCUUUUAGUUAGCUCUUGGUAGCUAAGUGUUGUCAAAAUAGUUUGAAAUUGACAAUGAGUUUGACCCCAAUAGACUUACAAUGUGGCUUUGGAGAGACAGAAACAUCCGAUUUAAUAUGUAAACAUGUAUUGUGGAUUUUGUAAAGUUUCGUUUUAAAUGAUUCUUGUAUAUAAGCAGGUCUAUGUUUUUGACUUCUUCUAAUUGAUCAGUCAAAAUUUAUAGUGGAUUUUUCGUCUUAUUUUAAGUGUGUUUUAUAUAUUUGCAGAAUUAUUCUUAUGAUACGCAUAUUAUCUUUUUGACUACAUCUAUUGCCACCGUAAAUUCUAUUGUAUUAUAAAAAAAUGUGUAACCUGUAGUUAAAAUGCUGAUAAAAUAUUGUUAACCAUUCAUGUGCUUUAAGUAAAUGUAUUUUGCACUUACUGGCCCCGUUUUCUCCAACAUUCGUACGACUCUUAUAACACGAUCACGCAUAGCUAUUUCUGCCUUGGUAUGAUAAAAGAAGUUAUGUAAGAUGAAUUAGUGCAAUCAUUUUGCUAAUCGAAAUAAGGUACCUUAACCUGUUUAGCUUACGAUGUUUGAAAAUUUGAAUCGUGUUUGUGUUUGUUUGUUCUUUUGAACCUUUGUGGUUUGCGAUAUGUAUUUGGAGCAACAGGCCCAUAAGCUAUGUUUUAAACAAUACCGUGUUAAAGGACACAAGGCUAACGCCUAGCAGACAUUGAGAGACAGACAAUCGAAAGCACAAACUACAUCCAUGUAUGUACAUGUUUUUUCUUUGGAUGUCAUUAUUCUUCUGAUCCCUUUACAAGAAGACAUCGAAAUAUCGACUAUAAUCGAUAUGACAUUAUUCAAGAUAUACCAAUAUCUUAGUAGGCUCAAGACAACAGUUAUCUGCCCCCCGUUGACCAAGAUCCGGAUGUGAAUACAGAAAAAAGAGUGAUUGUUUUCAGGUAUCAAUAUUUUAUUAAAGUUGAAUGAAAGAGAAGAAACGGGUGGCCUUUUUGCAUAGAGCUUAACACAAUUUGAAACUGUAUCGUAAAAAAUGAUAGUUUUCAGUGUAAAAAGGAAAAAUCAUUGCCUGUGGAACUAUGUAAAUUGGU